CCAGUUUUUCCUUUCUAAAGAAAUAAAGACCCAGGGGUCGCUUCCUAAAAAAACCAGCGGUACUAGUUACGAACGCAAAACCAUGGGCAGUUUUCUGUCAAACACAACAACAAAACCGACUGCUGCGCUCUCUGUGUUCUGGUUUUAUCUACUCUGUCACCAUCAUUCUCUAGGAACUUCUCACAUCUCUCUCUCCCCGUCUUUCCGUUGUAAUAAAUAUUCACCUGCCAAGUCUGAAUGGGGCACUAAAAUUCUCCAGGGUAUUAAAGAAGUUGCUUUGCAAAACCUGAUAUCAUGAUGAUACUUUUCAGCUUCAAUCUUUCAGUUCUUGGUGCUUUGAGCAGUCAUCUUUACUUGUUUUUGUUCUGAGCCUCAGUUCACCUACUGUUUCUGGGUGGUGGGAUAUUUCCGGGCAUGGGAUCAGGAAUGUUAGGACUAGAAUUGCCGCUCCACCAACCAGAAAACCCACAAAACCCUAACCACAUGAACCAUCCCCAAGUGUUAGCUUAUACCGACCAUGAAUCUGAUCACCGCCAACACUCCCAACAAUCUGUCAAACAUGCCUAUCCUUAUGCCUCCUCCACAAAGCCCAAACAAUUAUUAUCGCCAUUGAGUGAUGAAGAUGAGCCUUCUUUCACUGGAGAUGACAACACUACUGAUGGAAAAAGGAAAAUGUCUCCAUGGCAAAGAAUGAAGUGGACUGAUCACAUGGUUAGGCUCCUUAUAAUGGCAGUUUUUUACAUUGGUGAUGACGUUGGGUCUGAAGGGAGUGACCCUAUAGGCAAGAAAAAGCCAGGUGGCCUGGCGCAGAAGAAAGGGAAAUGGAAAUCAGUUUCUCGGGCAAUGAUGGAGAAAGGAUUUUAUGUAUCUCCACAGCAAUGUGAGGAUAAAUUCAAUGACUUGAACAAGAGGUAUAAGAGGGUUAAUGACAUCCUAGGGAAGGGGACUGCUUGCAGGGUUGUGGAGAAUCAAAAUUUACUUGAUACUAUGGAUUUGUCACCAAAAAUGAAGGAAGAGGUGAGAAAAUUGCUCAAUUCCAAGCACUUGUUUUUCAGAGAAAUGUGUGCCUAUCAUAACAGCUGUGGCCAUGCUCCAAGUUGGGUUGCCUUUGGUAGUAAUCACUCACCAGAGAUGGCUACAGGCCCAUCUCCUGCGCAUGCUCAGCAACAUCAAAGGUGUUCCCAUUCAACUGAAAAUGCUCAAGUUGUGACCAAUUCAAGGACAGAAACAGAAGGGUCAAAAAUGGCAAAAAGGGCAAUAAAUGAAGAGGAUGAGGUAGAGGAUGACGACGAUGAUGACAGCGACAAUGAUGAAGAUGACUGCGAAGAUGAUGGGGAUGAGGCAAUAGAAGGCAAUUCUAGGCAUCAAAACGGGCAUGGGCAAGGGGAUGAAGACAACCGUGAUGAAAAAUCAUCAAGGAAAAGGCCAAGAAAGGAUGUGUUUUCAGCAACAUCACCUUUGAUGCAGCAAUUGAAUGGUGAAAUAAUGAACGUGCUCCAAGAUGUUGCAAAGAGUUCUUGGGAGAAGAAGCAUUGGAUGAGGCUGAGGUUGAUGCAAUUAGAGGAACAGCAAGUGAGCUACCAAUGUCAGGCGUAUGAGCUGGAAAAGCAAAGGUUGAAGUGGGUGAAAUUCAGUAGCAAGAAAGAGAGGGAAAUGGAGGGAGUAAAGCUAGAGAAUGAGAGAAGGCGGCUUGAAAAUGAGAGAAUGGUACUGAUUGUGAGGAAGAAAGAGCUUGAGUUGCUUGAUACUCAACAUCAGCAGCAGCAGCAGCAGCAGCAGCAACUACCUUCAAACAAGCGGAGCGAUACAUCUUCCAUUGCUGGGUAAAUUGUAGUUAUAUCAGAUCAUCCUACAAGAUAGUUUUGAUUGAUAGGAAUGACAUUUUGUUGUAGUUCUUCAAUGUUUGUUUUAUGUAAUUUGCUACCAUUUUCCUGUACGCGCUACCCUUCAAUGAUGACAAGUUAAAAUAUAUCCUUAAUUAAUGUAUAGGAUCAGGAAAUUCGGAGAGUGUAUUUUGCUUAAAAACAUGUUCUCUUUGUUUUGAA